AUGUCUUACACUGAAUUAUAUCCAUCAUUGUUGAAGAAAAGGUUAGUUAUUCCGAGACCUUUGGGACCUCCACCAGAUCCUCUCCCACCAUAUUACAAUCCCAAUGUACAUUGUCUGUUCCACGAAGGUGCCCCAGGGCAUGAUUUGGAAGGUUGUUAUGCCUUAAAACAUAUUGUGAGGGAAUUGAUUGAGAAAAAGAUUCUUUCAUUUGAGGAUACCAGUCCAAAUGUCAAAAACAAUCCUUUGCCCGCUCAUGGGUCUGUAAAUGCUAUUGAUGAUGAGCCUGAUGAAGGUCUGAUUCUUGAUGCAACCAAAAUCAAGACUCUGCUCAGAGAUUUUCAUGCAAAGUUAGUGGAGGCAGGUUUAUUGAAGAAUUACCAUAAGAGUUGUGAAGAAUGUACUAUUGGUCCUAAAGGAUGUGAAAUGGUCCGAAAGGAUAUUCAAGAAUUGAUUAACCAAGGUGUGUUGCAAGUAAGCGGUCGUAUGAAAAAGAAUGAGGUAGCAGUGAUUGAACCCAUCUUCAAUCUACCUGAGUUAAAUACUACAACACCAAUCUUCAACAUUCUAGAGCCAAUAUUCAACAUUCUAGAUUCUACUUUUGUUCAGCCAAUUUUCAACAUUCCAGAAUCAGUUGAACCAAUCUUCAAUAUGCCUAAUCCAGUGGUUGUCCAAAGGCCUAGCUCUUUUCCUUUUGAGAAUACUAAAGCAGUUCCUUGGAAGUAUGAUACAACUGUGGUUAACCAAAGGUCUGACAAAGUAGGUCAUAAAGAAGGUCUAAAUAAUGCAAGCACUGAUAUAGAAGUGGUAAGUAGAAUGACUCGCAGUGGUCGCAUUUAUACCCCUCGGUUCAACUUGGCUCCGCCAAUUCCACCGAAAGAAACCACCACUACUGCUACCGACAAAGGCAAAGAGGUGAUCACAACUGAUGAAGACGCUGAAUUUCUGAGGAUUAUCAAGAAGAGUGAUUACAAGAUUAUUGAUCAGCUGCAUCAAACUCCUUCAAAGGUAUCCAUUUUGUCUCUUCUCAUGAGUUCUCCAGCUCAUAGGAGUGCCUUGCAGAAAUUGUUAGCUCAGGCUCAUGUCACUCACGACAUUACUAUUGAUCAAUUUGAUGGGGUCAUUGCCAACAUUAUAGCAUGCAACCAUCUUAGCUUCAGUAGAGAAGAUUUGAUGAAGGAUGGCCAAGACCAUAACCGUGCUUUGCACAUAUCUGUGAAAUGCUAA